AUGAGGUUAAGCAAUCGACUGCUUCGUCCUUAGCUGCACGGGCUUUCGCUAACGUCUCUCGCAGUGGAGGUGGGACCAUUGUUGAGAAGAAAGAGAUCCUAUCAGCGAACGGAACCACCGCGGCAAGAAGGUCAGGGGGGAAAUCGUUCGUUUUUUCGCCUUUCUGUUGGGCAACCUUGGGAUUGUUGGAGGCCAACGGAAAGCAAACGAGGCGCUAUCCUAAGCCGAUCACGGCGAUCGGGACGCAAGUACUGUCAUCUUCGACCCGUCUACGAAAGACGCCUUUCACUUGUCCAAGAACAAGGCCGCGACUUCUGCGCUGCUGCGCAUUCACCAUGGGUUCAGGACUGCCGAUUUUUGCGUCAACUCGAGAUGUUGAUCUGCUCUCCAGCUGCCUACGGAAGAGUGGACUCAGUCGUUCGCCAUCACGAGACUCUUCAAGUGUCCCUCCCCAAGUGUCACUUGCCAGUGUGGCGGUGUCUGUGUUUUCUGCUUCGGGCGAAGCAAGUGGCCACGAGAUGUGCAUUCGGUGCUUGCCGUCGCCAAGGAGAUCAGGAAGAGCGAAGUCAAAUGUUGUGACCUGCCGUGCAUCUUCAACCAAUCGGAAUCCGACUCGUCGCACGUCGAUCCCGGCCUCUCGGCAUCACCAGGAUGUCAGCAAUACGGUUGACUGGUCGUUGAAAUCCCCUCGUCAGACGAGUAAGACAGCUGACAGUGUUUGCUUCAGCUUGUCCAACAAUCUUCACAAGUCUCCGUCGGACUACGGACAAGAUCCUGAUCCUGAUCCUGGUUCCAGCUUAGGUCCAAGGAACGGGAAGGAACAUUGUAUGGACUCGCAGCAAGCUACAGAUGUCGAUUCCAUAGGAGUAGGCAGUAUUAACUCGUCCGCCGAGGGCGAAGGAAGACAAACUAGGCACAGUAUUCAUGGCGUGGGGAAAAAGUUUCCCCCUUGGGAUGACAGCAGUCCGUUUGUCGCCGAUCUUCUCUGCCUCAGCAAUGGACACGGUGAAGACGCCAUCGCUGUUUCUGUCCUUCGAGAGCUGCAGAUGCUUGCGGCUGCGCAAGGUGUAAACCUUCAGAUAGACGCUCUUCCAUUGGUAGGACUUGGUGAAGCUUAUGCGCAUGCAGGGUUCCGAAUCGUCGGGCCUGUGAAGCGGAUGCCAAGCGGAGGGUUCGUCUACAUGGAUAGGAAACAGCUUCUAGGAGAUUUCCAAGCCGGCUUGUUGGACCUCACAUGGUCUCAGUGGGAGUCGAUUAGACAAUGGGUGAAGGAGCACCCUCGAGGCCGCCUCCUAGCUGUCGGGGAUGUCUUUCCUCUUGCGAUGGCAUGGCUGGCAAGUCACAUGCAUCGACGGUGGACUUCCUCCGUUGAUUAUCCGGAUGAAAACGACGAAACGGAAGACAGGGGAAGGAAGAUGUGUUUUGGCUUUAUUGGGACGGCCAAAAGCGAGUUUUACAUUAGGAAGGCCAACGGGGAGCUGAUUCAGCCUUCGCCACGCGACUUUGUGGAGGCCUUGGUAUCGCCGUCUUGUGUUUAUCUUCCCUGGGAGCGAGCAUUGAUUGCCAGUGAGCUCUGUCAACUGGCAGUUCCCAGAGAUGGCCUGACAGCAAAAGUUCUGACGUCAGAGCUGGCAGCAAAUGCAAAGUAUAAAGUUGCAGAUCUGGGAAACCCAAUGAUGGACGGUCUAGAUGCAACCGGCUCGCUCGAUGUGACUCUGAAGGACCACUUGGUUGAGGGGGGCACCGCAGUCCUACUAGCCAUCAUUCCGGGAUCGCGGUUCCCGGAGGUGUUAGCGAACUGGGAUAUUCUCGUGGAAGCAGCCAGCAGUAUCGCGACAGCCCUCUACCGGUCCGCACGCGACCCUUCGGAUGUUGUAUUCUUGGCCCCGAUCGUCCCGUCCCUUCCGAUGGACGAGCUUUCCGGCAUUCUCCUGAAGAAAGGGUGGUCAUUGCAGAAAUCGCCGAGCAGACAUCGAGAACCUUGUAGGGACAAGGAGCCUUUUUCUGGGGAGCUGUCGACUGCAAACAAAAGUCCGCAGCACCUUCUUGGGAUAGCUGCUGGCGAAGGCGAUACUCGGCCAAUGGUCAGUGUUUUCGAGAAGAUUGUGAACGGAAGUGCUGGGAAGGAGAAGAAGUCCGAUGCUAUGAACAUCAAGAAGACGAGGAAAGUUAUCCUAAUGAUGGUGCGCGGAGCGUUCUCCGAUUGCAUCCAGAAGGUUCAUGGAGGUCUCUCAAUGGCUGGCACUGCGACGGAGCAGCUUGUCGGCCUUGGAAAGCCCGUGUUCACCCUCCCGGGGCCGGGGCCGCAGUUCACUUGGGCCUUUGCGGAAGCGCAGACGCGGCUGCUUGGCGAGUCCGUUCUUCUCUGCUCCACUGCUGACGAAAUGGCGGCAAAAGCCUGCCAGGUGCUUAAUGAUGACAAAGCACUUACAUCCAUGGCGAAGAACGGACGAGUUAGAAUGGGUACGCCCGGCGCAUCUGCAAGAAUUGCGGAGAGUAUCUUGUUUUCGCUCAUCCUACGACAUGUAUAAACAAUAUAUCGUCACAUAUUGAUCUGUUCUAUGGACUCUUGUGUGGCCUAGAGCACUGACAGGUACAGUACUCUAGGAGCAUUUUCCAGUGUACCUGGAAUUUUCCUGUACUGACCUGGAGCAUUUUCCAGUGUACCUGGAGUUUUCCAGUGUCCUGUUUUAUUUAUAUGUCAGAAGUGAGUGACAGACAAGAUUGGAGGAUCCAUAGUAGCACAGCCAGGUCAGUAAAUUCCAGGAGCAUUU